GAAUGAACCAUUUUUAAUUUUUUCAACUUUUUAAAAACUUUACCAGCAUUUCCACACUCAUUCUCUCACCCUUCUAUUUCUGAGCUAAGUUCUAACUGAGUGAUGACCUACACAUGAACUUGUUGAAAUUUCACCCAAUUUCAGUUUCUCUAAUUCCCCUAAUUUUUCGAACAACAAAACUUACUAUUCAAAAAUCAAAUCUUUCACCAUUUUAAUCAUUUAUUUGAUUAAAAAAAAAGUUAAUUAUUCAAGGUUUAGUAUCUCACUAAAUCUGGGAUGUUUGUUAUUAUAAUUAUGUCGGAAGAUAGAUUUCUUUUUCUGAAGAAUAGUGUUGAUUUUUAGGGUUUUGUUGUUGUUGGUGUUGUUGUUGUUGUUGUUGUUGUUGUUGGAGGAGAGAGAAUUUCCCAAAUCGAUUACGAAAAUGCCGGCAGCUCAGAAAUCAAAGCCGGAAAGAGUUAAUUCCGGGAAGAAGCAAGAACAACAACCACCCCAAGAACCACCGCAGCUCCGGCGAGACAUUUAUGAAGUUCUCGGCGUUCCUCACAACUCUACCGAUCAAGAAAUCAAAUCCGCCUAUCGCAAAUUAGCCCUCAAGUAUCAUCCUGACAAGAAUGCAAAUGAUCCUAAGGCUUCGGAUAUGUUCAAAGAGGUCACAUUCUCAUACAACAUACUAUCUGAUCCUGAGAAAAGACGCCAGUAUGACGCAGCUGGUUUUGAGGCUGUUGAAUCUGAAAAUCAAGAACUUGAGCUCGAUCUUUCAAGUCUGGGAACUGUAAAUACAAUGUUUGCGGCGCUAUUUAGCAAACUUGGUGUGCCCAUCAAGACCACAGUCUCGGCAACAGUGUUGGAAGAGGCAUUAAAUGGUAGGGUAUCUAUCUCACCUCUUCCACUGGGCCAGCCUAUAUUUAGAAAGGUAGAAAAGCAAUCUGCCCAUUUUUACUCUGUAUCAAUAACUGAAGAGGAGGCGCGGGGUGGACUUGUCUGCCGUGUGCAAUCAUCUGAUAAAAGCAAAUUUAAGCUGUUGUAUUUCGAACAGGAGGAGAAUGGUGGCAUAAGUCUCGCACUACAGGAAGACAGCACUAAGAGUAGAAAAGUUACUUCUGCUGGAAUGUUUUUUCUUGGCUUCCCUGUUUAUCGGUUGGAUCGCUCUGCUAGUUCGGUGGCAGCUGCUAAGGAUCCAGAUGCUGCCUUCUUCAAAAAGCUGGAUGGAUUUCAACCAUGUGAACUGAUUGAAUUGAAACCUGGAACCCAUGUAUUUGCAGUCUAUGGUGACAACUUUUUCAAAAGUGUGAGCUACACAAUUGAAGCUCUUUGUGCUUCACCUUUUACAAAAGAGAAGGAUGACCUUAGAGAGGCGGAAGCACAAUUAUUAUCUAAAAGGGCGGAACUCUCUAAGUUUGAGAGCGAAUACAGAGAAGUUCUUACCCAAUUUACUGAGAUGACAAAUAGAUACGCAAAAGAAAUGCAGGCGAUUGAUGACCUUCUAAAACAGAGGAAUGAAAUCCAUGCUUCAUAUACAGUUGUUCCUCCAAUGAAGCGUAGCUCAAGUAAAACCAAGAGGAGUUCAGCCAAAGAGUCUAAAGAAGAGGGUUACGGUAAAGAAGAGGGAUAUACUAACGAAGAGGGAUACUGUAAAGAAGAGGGUUACUCGAGCUCGAGAGAAAGGAAGUCUGUUAGGGAAAGACUGAGGAAGAAGAAAUGGUUUAACAUCCAUUUAAAGGCCGGUAAAAGGAAAUCAUGUUGAAAACCGUUAAGAUAGACUGAGAAUAAUCUACGCUUAUACAUCUCAGAGUUCGGGAUUCUUAGAUUUGGGUGUGCGUGAUGAUGAGAAUCUUUAAUCCAGCUGCUUGGAUUAAAAUGGAGAAUCCAUGUCUGUGACUGUGAUUUUAUGCAAAAGGUUCAAGAUGCAGCAGGCUGUUCUUUCUCAUGCAAUUGCCAAUAUGAAUUAACAUAUUGGUUUGGCAAUUCUCUUGUAAAGCAUUAGUCAUUCAUUUUUAUUGUAAAAUUUAUUCACCUAGUUCUUUUUCCUUUUUUUUUGUACUCUACUUUUUUCAUGAACUCAGAAAAUUAGCAUCCAUAAAAUGCAUAAUUUAUUCAUUACAUGGGUAUCCUUAA